AUGGCGGAGACGAAUAACCCACUCUGGGGGCUCACUGUAAACCCACGGGACGACCUUUUCACUCCCGGUGGAUCUUCGGGUGGAGAGUCUGCAUUACUUGCCAGCCAAGGUUCUCUCAUUGGUUGGGGGACAGACAUCGGAGGCUCAAUUCGAGGACCGUCUCAUAUGAUGGGCCUUUAUGGGUUAAAACCAAGUCAUGGUCGCCUACCCUACUACAAUGUCGCGGUAUCGACUGAAGGUCAAGAGCAUGUACCCUCGGUAGUCGGACCCCUCACGCGCUCCUUGGGUGCUCUCAUUGAUGUGACUAGCAUUGUGAUCGAUUCAGAGCCUUGGAAGCUAGAUCCAAAGUGCAUCAACAUGCCAUGGAAUGCUAAAGCAUUCAACGACGUCCUUUCUCGUCCACUUACCAUCGGCGUGAUUUGGGAUGAUGGCGUCGUCAAGGUCCACCCACCUAUUGCACGCGCUCUGAGAGAGUUUGUAGAGAAAGCAAAGAAUUCCGGACACGAGGUCAUUGAUUGGGACCCAGUGGGGCACGACACAUGCAUCAAUAUACAAGAUCAAUAUUAUACUGCAGAUGGGGGCGAAGAUAUUCGAAGGGAGGUAAACCACGGCGGUGAGCCCCUAUUGCCGUAUGUGCAAGCCCUUGUCGAUCGAGCUCCCGCCAUCUCUGUGUAUGAAUAUUGGCAGUUACAUCGACAAAAGCUCGAAUGUCAAAGAGCCUAUCUGGAGAAGUGGAACAAUACUCGCGCACCCGGUUCUGGAAGAAAAGUGGACGUGCUUCUGGGGCCUGUCAUGCCUCAUUCUGCGGUACCUCAUAACUGUUGUCGGUAUGCAAUCUCUCCCCUGACAGCUAUCAACACAAUAGACCGAACUGAGUUAAUGUAUCAUAGGUGGGUCGGGUACACUAAAGUAUGGAAUUUCCUGGACUAUCCGGCAGUCUCUUUCCCUGUAACCCAGGUCUCGAAGGAUAUCGAUGUUCUCGAUUCGACAUACGUACCCCGGAAUGCUUUUGAUGAGUGGAAUUGGAAGUUGUAUGACCCUGGUCGGAUGGAUAAGCAUCCCAUCGGGUUGCAACUAAUUGCCCAGAGGCAUGGAGAGGAGAAAGUAUUAGCCGCAACUCAAGUUUUAUUGGAGGCAUAUCAUAGAUAA